UUCUGCGCCUGCGCACAUGCUGUUGGCGAGAUGAAAACAUGGAAGUGACAAUGAAUCAAGCGGAGCUCCAGAACCCCCCAAAAGAAUGCAGAGUAGAGGAGGAGCGGCCGAUGUCUAGAUCUGACAGUGGCAGUGGUGAAGAUUCCCUUGAUGGGCUUAUUAGGCAGAAUUGCCCCCUGACCCCUUCACUGUCCCCACGGAAGCGGACCACAAGUCAGAGCAAGACAGAACCUCCUCUUUUGAGGACCAAUAAAAGAACAAUAUACACGGCAGGGAGACCGCCCUGGUACAAUGUCACUGGGACAACCUUCAAAGAGGCUUUUGUCAUAGGUUUAUGUGGUGGCAGUGCCUCUGGAAAAACCACAGUGGCCAAUAAGAUAAUUGAGGCUCUGGAUGUGCCUUGGGUGGUUCUUCUUUCUAUGGACUCUUUCUACAAGGUGUUGUCCAAAGAGGAACAGGAACUGGCAUCCAAAAAUGAAUACAACUUUGAUCACCCAGAUGCGUUUGACUUUGAGCUGCUGGUAACUAUACUGAGGAAACUGAAGAAGGGUAAAAGCAUCAAAGUACCUGUGUAUGACUUCACUUCACACUCCCGUCGCAAAGAGUGGAAAACUGUCUAUGGGGCCAAUGUAGUAAUAUUUGAAGGGAUCUUGGCUUUUGCAAAUAAGGAACUUUUGAAGCUGCUGGAUAUGAAGGUGUUCGUGGACACUGACUCUGACAUUCGGCUGGUCAGACGGCUGAAGAGGGAUAUUUCAGAGCGAGGACGGGAUAUUGCUGGUGUCAUUAAGCAGUACAAUAAAUAUGUCAAACCAGCCUUCGAACAGUACAUUGAACCCACGGUCCAGGUGGCAGAUAUUGUGGUCCCGAGAGGUGGAGAGAACUUUGUAGCUUUGGAUUUGAUCGUCCAGCAUGUCCAUAGUCAACUUGAAAAGAGGAAGCUUCGCUGGGAUAUAUCUGCUUUGGCAUCUGCUCACCAAGGUCAACCUUUGCCCACAACUCUCAGCGUUAUGGAGAGCACUCCGCAGGUGCGGGGAAUGCACACUAUUAUCAGGAAUAAGGAAACAAACCGGGAUGAAUUCAUUUUCUAUUCCAAGAGAUUAAUGAGGCUCCUAAUUGAGCAUGCCCUCUCCUUCCUGCCACUAAAGCCAGUGUCUGUUGAAACCCCCCAAGGGACCAUAUAUGAAGGGAAAAGACUCAGUGGAAAAAGGAUCACUGGGGUGUCCAUUCUGCGUGCAGGAGAGACCAUGGAGCAGGCCUUGAUGGCAGUGUGUAAAGACAUUCGACUGGGAAAGAUUCUUAUCCAGACGAACCAUGACACUGGAGAGCCUGAGCUUCAUUACCUUCGCUUGCCAAAGGACAUCAGUGAGGACUAUGUGAUCCUGAUGGACAGCACUGUGUCCACAGGGGCUGCUGCUCUAAUGGCUGUCCGAGUAUUACUUGACCAUGAUGUUCAGGAAGAUAAGAUUUUCUUGCUGUCUCUGCUUAUGGCAGAAAUGGGUGUCCAUUCAGUAGCCUAUGCCUUUCCUAAGGUGCGAAUCAUCACCACAGCUGUUGACAAGAAGGUCAAUGACGAGUUUCACAUCAUCCCUGGCAUUGGUAAUUUCGGAGAUCGUUACUUUGGAACAGAUACCCCUUCAGACUGGUACGAAAGUGAUGAAGGGAUGGACUACUAAUGCUUAAUCACAGAAUGCGUUUUUUUUUUUUUUUUGUGUGUUUGUUUUUCUGUCCGUAUUGUUUUUGGUUUUGGUUCAGCUGUGAGAUGCUCCACAUCUCCUUUUGUCUCGCUGCUUCUCAAAGUGCCUGAGUUCAUGUAGAGUAAGGGUUUAUUUUUUCAGGUCUCAUCUGCAAGGAAACAUAAACUAGCUUAGCAUUGAUUCUGCUUGGCUGUCAAUCAAAGAGGGCACUGGCAUGUUCGACAGAGAAACCUUCAGCGAACAGUGUUGUAUAGUAAAUGAAGGAACUAAUAUCAAAUACAAAGUUACAUUGGGAUUGAGUUCUAGAAUAUAAUUCUAUAAACUAAUGAGAGAUGAAUAUUUUAUCUUGUUUUGCAAUCAGAAAUACCAUACCUGUAUCAGUGGGUAUUGCUAAAGGGUCUUUAUCAGCAGAACACUUUGAAUUUCAGAGGAGAAAAGGAUAUGAAGCAGUGAAAAUAGCACACACCUGCUCUGAGAUGUCACAUUGUUAUCCAUGUUUAUCUACUGAAUUUGAGAAUUUUGAGCAUAAUAGCCUACUUUUAGAUGCAAAUCUUAGGUGAAGUUCAAUUAAAAAUAUCUUACUUCAUAACUAGAUGUGCCUUUGUGUUGCUUGCUAGGAAAUUGAUAUUUUAAAAAAGGGUAUGAAAUAGUUCUGAAAUAGUUUCCAAAAGAAAAGGUAUUUUUUUAGUUACAGUAAUGCUUAGUACCACUUGAGAAAAAACAUUUGUGUGUGUAUUAAUUGUUCCCUGCUGCCAUUUUCAGCUAAAUGUACUUGAACUAUUUAAAUGAUUUAAAUGUAGACAUUAAAUGUAAUAUUUCCUAGUGUUGAUGGAUGGCAUUACUGGAAAAGUAGUCGAAGGGAGUUUGAUUUUUGAGACAUAAUUUAACAUGCAAACUAUUUUAUAUUUUAUGUGCUAACAGUAUGUAUAUAAGUUCGGUUUGAUUCUGAGAUUGUGGUCUUGUGCAUGGCUGUUGUGUUUUUAAAAAAAAAUAUUUGUCUAGCAUCUAUUUAAAAAAAAAAAAAAAUCAGGGGCAGUCCUCUGCUCAGACUACUUUUAAUUGAAUGGUAAAGUCAUCAUACAUGCGCAUAGGUCUAAUAUAUUUAAGUGAAUAUGACGGAAGCAAUUAGAAAAAUGCCAGUUAGAGUUGUAAACUUAUAGAGUCCUAAAUAUAGUUGGUAGUGGAGAGUAAGUAACUAGUCCGAGGCAGGUGAUUAAACUGGAUGAUGGGCAGCUGAUCUGUGGUGGGUGAUGGGGAAGCCUGACAUCCAGAGACUUCCAUCAAAAUGGCCAAACAGGUGACAGGAGAAUCUGAAGUCAAACAUCCAUCGGUAUCGGGCAAAACAUUUCCUAAACAUUUUCUGGAAGAUUAUUUCAAAGGUGGGGGCUUUAUGAGUUUAAUAAAUUUGAAAGUUUACUUACUUUAUUCUACAUUGCUUCAUAGUGCUUACAUUAAAAACAAUUUGUAAACUUUU